AUGCCUCGUGAUCCACAACGCAAGAAUCGACUGCCUAAGCCAGCCAAUGCUGCUACGGACGAAGGCGCGGUGUUCGAAAUAGCCUACCUUAUACGUCGGCUAGGAUUUAAAUCCGAUGAGAUCAUAAAUCUUAGCGGCCAAUCCCCUAACCGACUUAUUGCCAUACAAAUAUUACUCUACGCUCGCAAGUCGGAUCGGUUUAACUAUAAUAGGUUAAUCCUAGACUCAUUAGUCGAUAUAAUAUCCUUCGGUAAAGCCAAAGACGCGUUAUAG